AUGGACUCGAAGAUGGAGGACUCUCCUCCCCUCAACUACGAUACAGAUAAUCCGACGAUAAACAUAGCACCUAAAGACGCAUCACAACCAAACAACCAUGACAGCAGUGAAAUCCCACCAACGGAAUCAGCUGGAGCAGCCUGGGGACACUCCUCCUUCAAAGACACCCUGCUUCAAGGCCAACAACCUAGCACCUCCAAAGGCUACUACAUGGAAACAGUAACAACAAAGGACGGAGAAGUUAAAUACGGAGAGGUGGACGGCCUCACAACAAUCGCAUUUGCAGACCCAGUCCAACAAAGAAUGAAUCGAGCCAUGACUUACUCAGUGGCGGUGAAGCCUUUAGGACGGGAAUUUCCAUACUAUUUGCUCCACAAAAGGCUGAGAGCGAUGUGGCGACCAAAAGGAGAAAUCCACCCAUCCAAUGUAAUAAACGGCAUCCACAUGUUUUGGCUAUCAAACGAAGAGGAUUACAAUCAUGUUCUCUUAAAUGGCCCAUGGUCAAUCAAGGACCACUACAUAAAUGUUCUGCCCUGGACAUCAGAUUUCGACCCAACAGGCAAGAAUAUCUCUGCUGUUCCUACUUGGAUCCGCAUCCCUGGCCUUCCCCUCAAGUAUUUCCAUGAAGCCAUAUUAAGGGAUAUAGCACGUCCUCUGGGUAGAUUCAUCAAAGAUCCAGAGUAUACUAACGGCACCAACGGCGGAGCCACCGAAGCGGCGACAGCAGGUAAGGAAGUCAAUAACGUUCACACUCACAAAUCUACUCCCUCUACUCCUGCAGAAUCAGCCAAGGAAACCAACAGUGAUGCCAACUCCGGUCGGAUUGAAACCCUAGAGUCAAAAUUCUCCAAUCUCGAUUCGCGCUUCACUUCCUUGGAAUCAAAGGUGGAUUCCUUGACUACUUCAAUGGAACAAAUGUUGGAUUUGGUCGGCGCGAUGCAGCAGAGAAAUCCCGAGAAGGCGCCGGUGACGGAAGUAACCUCUCCGGCCUCUCCAGCACCCUACCGGCCGCCUUUUGCACAAGGUGGAGUUGAUAACCAUCAAACUUCGUUCAAAGCAACACUAGAGAAAGGAAAUCGUCGAUCUCCAGUUAACCCUGUGCGUGUGGACGUUGACCACCAGACACGCGCCGGCAAUUUCAACAGAAACAGUCCCUUGCCAGAGUUCACGAAUUCAGGGGGAGUUAAGGGCGACAACAAUUGGGGACAACAGAACUACCGGUGCUCACCGGGAAGUGUGAGGGGUGGAAAUGAGUCUCCGGUAGGAAAUAGUGAUAGGAUAACCACCGGUGAUUUUCUUGAUAAGAUGGUUAAGGGUAAAGAAGACAGAGAAGGGGUGUUAGGAACUAAAGCUGGAAAUGGUAUCAAAAUGAAUGGUUAUAAGGGUCCUGCCGGACAUGUUUGCAAGUUUGGACAGGUGAAUGUGCUGCUUUGUGAAGAAAUGGUAAAAUCAAACCCUCCUGAAAACGCUUUGUGGACUAUUGACGGUGACAUGGUGGAUGUGAACGAUCUGGCACUUGAUCGUGAAGUUCGGCGCAACAUUUGA